CAUACACCUUUACAUCACUCAGAAUUAGUGAACGAUGGUGAACUAGUGAACGAACCCAAACCACAAUGAGGAGAAACAUCAUGAUCUUCAGAGCGCUGGUCCUCGCUCUUCUCUGCACAGGAUGCAGGGCAGCUCUGGUCAGCGCACAGUGCAAUUCGACUCAACUCGACGGAGCAGCAAUAGAACCAUGUAGUCUGAAAAAUAGUGACAUCACCCCAACUACUGACCCCACAGUCAUCACCAAAGCCCUGCCCAGUCUCAGCACCGUCACCGGCUGGAACCAGGGUCAGGCCAACGCCCUCAUCCAAAGCAUCACUAGUGCAGGAUUCCAGAUCAACAGUUCCUCCUCUCUGGUGUCUUUGGGAACUCUUGUUGGAGGCGUUCCCUCUGCAACCAUCAAGAACAUCCCACCCAAUGAGAUUCUGACGGCAUCCCAGAAUCCAACAUUCCUCACCAACAUUCUGUCAGCGCCGGCGAUUCUCCAGAGUUCAGUCGUCCUGAAGAUCGUCUCUGUGAACAAGACUAAUGUGGUGCAGAAUGUUCCAGAUGCUUUGGCAGCAUAUGUUCCCCCAGUGCUGCUGACAAACCUGAAAUCUGUUGAUGUUACACUGAUCAAUAAGAAGAGCUGGAGUCAACAGCAGGCUGCCGUUCUGUUUGAAGCAGUUUCUAGAGUCGCAGCCGAUCCGGAAGAGCUGUCAGAGUCAUUACUGCAGGGAUUCAGCUGCAGCUCAGUUAAGGAUCUUUCACUACAGAAGAUCAGACAGCUGGUGAAAGCCUGUAGACCACGUUCAGGCAGGAACAAGGUCGUCCUGAAUGAACCUCAGCUGAUCUGCAUGUACAACUAUGUGAAAAAUGACUCCACAUUGAGUUACACUGACCUUCCUCCUGAAGUGCUUCUCUACUACAGUUAUGAUAAGGUGCCGAAGGAGAACUGCAGGUCGUACUUCAGUGCUCUGGGUUCAGCAGAUUUCUCAGUUCUUUCCAGCGUUCUCAACAAACAGUCCGUCUUGUUCAGCAACGCUCAGAACUGCCUGGGUAUAUCUGGUACUAGCCUGAACAGGGAUCAGGUGGGGGUUCUGGGUAAUAUGAUCUGCACUCUGAACCCAUCCUACAUCCAGAACUCUGAUCCACUCAUCCUGGAGAAUCUGAAGAACUGUGGAGAUCUUUCUGACUCUCAGGUCACCGCCAUACAGACACUGCUAUUCUCUGGAAACACUCAGUAUGGGAAUCCUACAGCGUGGAAUCUAAUGACCCUGCAACAGAUGGAAAUUUUACCCCUCCACCUCAAAAAAGACUUCUGGGAAAAAUUCAGUUCUUCUGUAAAGAGAAGAUAUCUUGGAUCAUUCUUACAAUUCCUAAAGAAGAAAAUCCCAAUGUGGAGGCUGAGCAGAUUGCAUCAAGAAUCCACAGUUGCUAGAUUCAGACGUUCUGCAGAUUGUAUUGUCGGAAACAUUACAACCCUGACAAUUAUGGAUGAUGCAUUUCCUAUUGACUAUGACUCCACCCAGUUUGAUUUGUGUCUGGACGCUACUGUACUAAAUGAUAACCUGGCAGCGGUUACUGAGAAAGUGGUGGACGAAAGCUUAGAGAUGAUCAUUCUGGACAAACUGAACCAGCUUUACCCAUCAGGUCUUCCAGAGAGUGUAGUACAGUUACUGGGCUCCACAUCCCGUGUAGCCAAUGUUAGUGACAUCAGCAAGUGGAACAUCACCACUAUUGAUACCCUGUCUUCACUGAUGAACUCAGAUAAUGGAGACUGGACUUCAGAAGAGAGUAAAGCAGUGAUUAUGAAGUAUCUCAGUGUGGAGGGGAACACUCUGGGAACUGUUGAACUAAAUGCCAUCGGCUCCAACCUCUGUUCUUUGGACGUCAGCGUCCUCAACACCAUCACUGCUGAUAGUCUGCAGAAUGCAAAUAUUUUGGACAUCUCUUCAUGCUCUAUUAAUCAGAAAUCAGCUCUGUACAUUAUCGCCAACUCCUCAUUCAGCAGCCAACGAAGCGACCCCGCAGCGUUCUUCCUGCUCAUCAGCCCUUACUUAGGUGGAGCUCCAGUGGAAGAUAUAAGAGCUCUUUCUACUCAGAACAUCAGCAUGGACAUUAGCACCUUCCUCAGUCUGAACCCUGCUGUAAUUAUGGACCUGAGUGUAAGCACGGUGCAGGAUCUGAUGGGGGUGAACAUUGCUGAUCUGAAGACGUUUGAGGAAUCUUCAGUAAUUCAGGCCUGGGUGGCUCAGCAGAAACAGUCUGAAUUAAACACCCUGAAUAUUGACCUGCAGGGGGGUAUAGAUGAUAUCAACACCUCUACAUCUGCUCCAGUUACCAUUACUUCCAUAACUGACAGUGAAACCACCACCAUCUCUACUGAAACCACCACCACUGCUGCUGAAACCACCACCACUGCUGCUGAAACCACCACCACUGCUGCUGAAACCACCACCACAGCUGCUGAAACCACCACCACAGCUGCUGAAACCACCACCACUGCUGCUGAAACCACCACCACUGCUGCUGAAACCACCACCACAGCUGCUGAAACCACCACCACUACUGCUGAUACCAUCACCACUGCUGCUGAAACCACCACCACUGCUGCUGAAACCACCACCACAGCUGCUGAAACCACCACCACUGCUGCUGAAACCACCACUACUACUGCUGAUACCAUCACCACUGCUGCUGAAACCACCACCACUGCUGCUGAAACCACCACCACAGCUGCUGAAACCACCACCACUGCUGCUGAAACCACCAAUACUGGUGAAACCACCACUACUACUGCUGAAACCACCACUGCUGCUGCUGAAACCACCACCACUGCUGCUGCUGAAACCACCACCACUGCUGCAGAAACCACCACCACUGCUGCUGAAACCACCACCACAGCUGCUGAAACCACCACCACUGCUGCUGAAACCACCACCACUGCUGCUGAAACCACCACCACAGCUGCUGAAACCACCACCACAGCUGCUGAAACCACCACUACAGCUGCUAGUGAAACCACCACCAUCUCUACUGAAACCACCACCACUGCUGCUGAAACCACCACCACAGCUGCUGAAACCACCACUACUACUGCUGAAACCACCACCACUGCUGCUGCUGAAACCACCACCACUGCUGCAGAAACCACCACCACUGCUGCUGAAACCACCACUACAGCUGCUGAAACCACCACUACAGCUGCUGAAACCACCACCACAGCUGCUGAAACCACCACCACUGCUGCUGGAACCACCACCACAGCUGCUGAAACCACCACCACUGCUGCUGAAACCACCACUACAGCUGCUGAAACCACCACCACAGCUGCUGAAACCACCACCACUGCUGCUGAAACCACCACCACUGCUGCUGAAACCACCACCACAGCUGCUGAAACCACCACCACUGCUGCUGAAACCACCACUACAGCUGCUAGUGAAACCACCACCACAGCUGCCAUUGAAAUCACCAUCACAGCUGCUGAAACCACCACAGCUGCUAUUGAAACCACCACCACAGCUGCUGAAACCACCACUACAGCUGCUGAAACCACCACCACAGCUGCUGAAACGACCACCACUGCUGCUGAAACCACCACCACAGCUGCUGAAACCACCACAACAGCUGCUGAAACCACCACCACUGCUGCUGAAACCACCACCACUGCUGCUGAAACCACCACUACAGCUGCUGAUACCACCACCACUGCUGCUGAAACCACCACCACUGCUGCUGAAACCACCACCACUGCUGCUGCUGAAACCACUGCUACCACUGCUAGUGAAACCACCACCACAGCUGCCGUUGAAAUCACCACCACAGCUGCUGAAACCACCACAGCUGCUAUUGAAACCACCACCACAGCUGCUGAAACCACCACCACUGCUGCUGAAACCAUCACCACAGCUGCUGAAACCACCACCACUGCUGCUGAAACCACCACCACUGCUGCUGAAACCACCACCACAGCUGCUGAAACCACCACCACUGCUGCUGAAACCACCACUACAGCUGCUAGUGAAACCACCACCAUCUCUACUGAAACCACCACCACAGCUGCUGAAACCACCACUACUACUGCAGAAACCACCACCACUGCUGCUGAAACCACCACUACAGCUGCUGAAACCACCACCACUGCUGCUGAAACACCCACCACAGCUGCUGAAACCACCACCACUGCUGCUGAAACCACCACUACAGCUGCUGAAGCCACCACCACAGCUGCUGAAACCACCACCACUGCUGCUGAAACCACCACCACUGCUGCUGAAACCACCACCACAGCUGCUGAAACCACCACCACUGCUGCUGAAACCACCACUACAGCUGCUAGUGAAACCACCACCACAGCUGCCGUUGAAAUCACCAUCACAGCUGCUGAAACCACCACAGCUGCUAUUGAAACCACCACCACAGCUGCUGAAACCACCACUACAGCUGCUGAAACCACCACCACAGCUGCUGAAACGACCACCACUGCUGCUGAAACCACCACCACAGCUGCUGAAACCACCACUACAGCUGCUGAAACCACCACCACUGCUGCUGAAACCACCACCACUGCUGCUGAAACCACCACCACUGCUGCUGCUGAAACCACUGCUACCACUGCUAGUGAAACCACCACCACAGCUGCCGUUGAAAUCACCACCACAGCUGCUGAAACCACCACAGCUGCUAUUGAAACCACCACCACAGCUGCUGAAACCACCACCACUGCUGCUGAAACCAUCACCACAGCUGCUGAAACCACAACCACUGCUGCUGAAACCACCACCACUGCUGCUGAAACCACCACUACUACUGCUGAAACCAUCACCACUGCUGCUGAAACCACCACCACUGCUGCUGAAACCACCACCACAGCUGCUGAAACCACCACCACUGCUGCUGAAACCACCAAUACUGGUGAAACCACCACUACUACUGCUGAAACCACCACUACUGCUGCUGAAACCACCACCACAGCUGCCGUUGAAAUCACCACCACAGCUGCUGAAACCACCACAGCUGCUAUUGAAACCACCACCACAGCUGCUGAAACCACCACCACUGCUGCUGAAACCACCACCACUGCUGCAGAAACCACCACCACUGCUGCUGAAACCACCACUACAGCUGCUGAAACCACCACCACAGCUGCUGAAACCACCACCACUGCUGCUGAAACCACCACCACUGCUGCUGAAACCACCACCACAGCUGCUGAAACCACCACCACUGCUGCUGAAACCACCACUACAGCUGCUAGUGAAACCACCACCAUCUCUACUGAAACCACCACCACAGCUGCUGAAACCACCACUACUACUGCUGAAACCACCACCACUGCUGCUGAAACCACGACUACAGCUGCUGAAACCACCACUACAGCUGCUGAAACCACCACCACAGCUGCUGAAACCACCACCACUGCUGCUGAAACCACCACCACUGCUGCUGAAACCACCACCACUGCUGCUGAAACCUCCACCACAGCUGCUGAAACCACCACCACUGCUGCUGAAACCACCACUACAGCUGCUAGUGAAACCACCACCACAGCUGCCGUUGAAAUCACCACCACAGCUGCUGAAACCACCACAGCUGCUAUUGAAACCACCACCACAGCUGCUGAAACCACCACUACAGCUGCUGAAACCACCACCACAGCUGCUGAAACGACCACCACUGCUGCUGAAACCACCACCACAGCUGCUGAAACCACCACAACAGCUGCUGAAACCACCACCACUGCUGCUGAAACCACCACCACUGCUGCUGAAACCACCACUACAGCUGCUGAAACCACCACCACUGCUGCUGAAACCACCACCACUGCUGCUGAAACCACCACCACUGCUGCUGCUGAAACCAAUGCUAACACUGCUAGUGAAAUCACCACCACAGCUGCUGAAACCACCACCACUGCUGCUGAAACCACCACCACUGCUGCUGAAACCACCACCACUGCUGCUGCUGAAACCAAUGCUAACACUGCUAGUGAAAUCACCACCACAGCUGCUGAAACCACCACCACUGCUGCUGAAACCACCACCACUGCUGCUGAAACCACGACCACUGCUGCUGAAACCACCACCACUGCUGCUGCUGAAACCAAUGCUAACACUGCUAGUGAAAUCACCACCACAGCUGCUGAAACCACCACCACUGCUGCUGAAACCACCACCACUGCUGCUGAAACCACCACCACUGCUGCUGCUGAAACCAAUGCUAACACUGCUAGUGAAAUCACCACCACAGCUGCUGAAACCACCACCACUGCUGCUGAAACCACCACCACUGCUGCUGAAACCACCACCACUGCUGCUGCUGAAACCACUGCUACCACUGCUAGUGAAACCACCACCACAGCUGCCGUUGAAAUCACCACCACAGCUGCUGAAACCACCACAGCUGCUAUUGAAACCACCACCACAGCUGCUGAAACCACCACCACUGCUGCUGAAACCACCACCACUGCUGCUGAAACCACCACCACUGCUGCUGAAACCACCAAUACUGGUGAAACCACCACUACUACUGCUGAAACCACCACUACUGCUGCUGAAACCACCACCACAGCUGCCGUUGAAAUCACCACCACAGCUGCUGAAACCACCACAGCUGCUAUUGAAACCACCACCACAGCUGCUGAAACCACCACCACUGCUGCUGAAACCACCACCACUGCUGCAGAAACCACCACCACUGCUGCUGAAACCACCACCACAGCUGCUGAAACCACCACCACUGCUGCUGAAACCACCACCACUGCUCCUGAAACCACCACCACAGCUGCUGAAACCACCACCACUGCUGCUGAAACCACCACUACAGCUGCUAGUGAAACCACCACCAUCUCUACUGAAACCACCACCACAGCUGCUGAAACCACCACUACUACUGCUGAAACCACCACCACUGCUGCUGAAACCACGACUACAGCUGCUGAAACCACCACUACAGCUGCUGAAACCACCACCACAGCUGCUGAAACCACCACCACUGCUGCUGAAACCACCACCACAGCUGCUGAAACCACCACCACUGCUGCUGAAACCACCACUACAGCUGCUGAAACCACCACCACAGCUGCUGAAACCACCACCACUGCUGCUGAAACCACCACCACUGCUGCUGAAACAACCACCACAGCUGCUGAAACCACCACCACUGCUGCUGAAACCACCACUACAGCUGCUAGUGAAACCACCACCACAGCUGCCGUUGAAAUCACCACCAGAGCUGCUGAAACCACCACAGCUGCUAUUGAAACCACCACCACAGCUGCUGAAACCACCACUACAGCUGCUGAAACCACCACCACAGCUGCUGAAACGACCACCACUGCUGCUGAAACCACCACCACAGCUGCUGAAACCACCACAACAGCUGCUGAAACCACCACCACUGCUGCUGAAACCACCACCACUGCUGCUGAAACCACCACUACAGCUGCUGAAACCACCACCACUGCUGCUGAAACCACCACCACUGCUGCUGAAACCACCACCACUGCUGCUGCUGAAACCAAUGCUAACACUGCUAGUGAAAUCACCACCACAGCUGCUGAAACCACCACCACUGCUGCUGAAACCACCACCACUGCUGCUGAAACCACCACCACUGCUGCUGCUGAAACCAAUGCUAACACUGCUAGUGAAAUCACCACCACAGCUGCUGAAACCACCACCACUGCUGCUGAAACCACCACCACUGCUGCUGAAACCACCACCACUGCUGCUGAAACCACCACCACUGCUGCUGCUGAAACCAAUGCUAACACUGCUAGUGAAAUCACCACCACAGCUGCUGAAAUCACCACCACUGCUGCUGAAACCACCACCACUGCUGCUGAAACCACCACCACUGCUGCUGCUGAAACCAAUGCUAACACUGCUAGUGAAAUCACCACCACAGCUGCUGAAACCACCACCACUGCUGCUGAAACCACCACCACUGCUGCUGAAACCACCACCACUGCUGCUGCUGAAACCACUGCUACCACUGCUAGUGAAACCACCACCACAGCUGCCGUUGAAAUCACCACCACAGCUGCUGAAACCACCACAGCUGCUAUUGAAACCACCACCACAGCUGCUGAAACCACCACCACUGCUGCUGAAACCACCACCACUGCUGCUGAAACCACCACCACAGCUGCUGAAACCACCACCACUGCUGCUGAAACCACCACUACAGCUGCUAGUGAAACCACCACCAUCUCUACUGAAACCACCACCACAGCUGCUGAAACCACCACUACUACUGCUGAAACCACCACCACUGCUGCUGAAACCACGACUACAGCUGCUGAAACCACCACUACAGCUGCUGAAACCACCACCACAGCUGCUGAAACCACCACCACUGCUGCUGAAACCACCACCACAGCUGCUGAAACCACCACCACAGCUGCUGAAACCACCACCACAGCUGCUGAAACCACCACCACUGCUGCUGAAACCACCACCACUGCUGCUGAAACCACCACCACAGCUGCUGAAACCACCACCACUGCUGCUGAAACCACCACUACAGCUGCUAGUGAAACCACCACCACAGCUGCCGUUGAAAUCACCACCACAGCUGCUGAAACCACCACAGCUGCUAUUGAAACCACCACCACAGCUGCUGAAACCACCACUACAGCUGCUGAAACCACCACCACAGCUGCUGAAACGACCACCACUGCUGCUGAAACCACCACCACAGCUGCUGAAACCACCACAACAGCUGCUGAAACCACCACCACUGCUGCUGAAACCACCACUGCUGCUGAAACCACCACUACAGCUGCUGAAACCACCACCACUGCUGCUGAAACCACCACCACUGCUGCUGAAACCACCACCACUGCUGCUGCUGAAACCACUGCUACCACUGCUAGUGAAACCACCACCACAGCUGCCGUUGAAAUCACCACCACAGCUGCUGAAACCACCACAGCUGCUAUUGAAACCACCACCACAGCUGCUGAAACCACCACCACUGCUGCUGAAACCACCACUACAGCUGCUGAAACCACCACCACCACUGCUGCUGAAACCACCACUGCUGCUGAAAUCACCACCACUGCUGCUGAAACCACCACCACAGCUGCUGAAACCACCACUGCUGCUGAAAUCACCACCACUGCUGCUGAAACCACCACCACAGCUGCUGAAACCACCACCACUGCUGCUGAAACCACCACUACAGCUGCUGAAACCACCACCACAGCUGCUUCUGAAACCACCACCACUGCUGCUGAAACCACCAUUACUGCUGCUGAAACCACCACUACUGCUGCUUCUGAAACCACCACCACUGCUGCUGAAACCACCACUACUGCUGCUGAAACCACCACUACUGCUGCUGAAACCACCGCUACUGCUGCAGAAACCACCACUACAGCUGCUGAAACCACCACCACAGCUGCUUCUGAAACCACCACCACUGCUGCUGAAACCACCACUACAGCUGCUAGUGAAACCACCACCACAGCUGCCGUUGAAAUCACCACCACAGCUGCUGAAACCACCACAGCUGCUAUUGAAACCACCACCACAGCUGCUGAAACCACCACUACAGCUGCUGAAACCACCACCACAGCUGCUGAAACGACCACCACUGCUGCUGAAACCACCACCACAGCUGCUGAAACCACCACAACAGCUGCUGAAACCACCACCACUGCUGCUGAAACCACCACCACUGCUGCUGAAACCACCACUACAGCUUCUGAAACCACCACCACUGCUGCUGAAACCACCACCACUGCUGCUGAAACCACCACCACUGCUGCUGCUGAAACCACUGCUACCACUGCUAGUGAAACCACCACCACAGCUGCCGUUGAAAUCACCACCACAGCUGCUGAAACCACCACAGCUGCUAUUGAAACCACCACCACAGCUGCUGAAACCACCACCACUGCUGCUGAAACCAUCACCACAGCUGCUGAAACCACCACCACUGCUGCUGAAACCACCACCACUGCUGCUGAAACCACCACCACAGCCGCUGAAACCACCACCACUGCUGCUGAAACCACCACUACAGCUGCUAGUGAAACCACCACCAUCUCUACUGAAACCACCACCACAGCUGCUGAAACCACCACUACUACUGCUGAAACCACCACCACUGCUGCUGAAACCACGACUACAGCUGCUGAAACCACCACUACAGCUGCUGAAACCACCACCACAGCUGCUGAAACCACCACCACUGCUGCUGAAACCACCACCACAGCUGCUGAAACCACCACCACUGCUGCUGAAACCACCACCACAGCUGCUGAAACCACCACCACUGCUGCUGAAACCACCACUACAGCUGCUAGUGAAAUCACCACCACAGCUGCCGUUGAAAUCACCACCACAGCUGCUGAAACCACCACCACUGCUGCUAUUGAAACCACCACCACAGCUGCUGAAACCACCACCACUGCUGCUGAAACCACCACUACUGCUGCUGAAACCACCACUACUGCUGCUUCUGAAACCACCACCACUGCUGCUGAAACCACCACCACAGCUGCUGAAACCACCACUACUGCUGCUGAAACCACCACUACUGCUGCUUCUGAAACCACCACCACUGCUGCUGAAACCACCACCACAGCUGCUGAAACCACCACCACUGCUGCUGAAACCACCACCACAGCUGCUGAAACCACCACCACAGCUGCUGAAACCACCACCACUGCUGCUGAAACCACCACCACAGCUGCUGAAACCACCACCACUGCUGCUGAAACCACCACCACAGCUAUUGACAGCACCACCACUACAUCAGAUUUCUGCACGUUCCUCAAGAACUACAGCAGUAUCGACCAGUACCUGGAGAAGGAGCCGGUUGUAUCUGCAGCUGUGGGCAGGCAGACGUUGGCAUGUGUUUGGUCUCGUGCUCUCAGUGCUUCGUCUCAGGAUGAGGUGGAUCAGUGGUUUAAUGUCAGACUGGGUCGGUACCUGCCCUUCCUCAGCUCUCAGCUCAUCAACUCCACUCAACUCAGCGGCGCCUCCUGCCUGUCCUACAGGAAACUGGUUUCAGUUCUGGGGAGCAACUAUAAUUUCUCAGGCACUGAUUUCACCCCAGCUGAUGUCUACAGCUCUAUAAAGUCUUAUCUGAAAAGCAGUGAUGGAUCUCCACGCUGUUAUAACUCCUCUGAUCCCAUUCUGAACUCCACUGCCUGGUUUUCUAACAACAUUGGAUUCUUCAUCACCUUCAUCACCCUCACUGACCUCCAGUCCUUUGUAUCAGACAGCAAGAUCGGUGUGUUCCUGGAAAAUCCUCAGAAUCUCCAGCUGUUUAACAACACAGCAAUUUCAGCCGACGUCACCAAAUACUACAGCUCCCAGUUAUUCAUCCAGAACCCUGCAUUAAACCCCCUCAGUUUUCAAGGUGUUCUCUCGUGUGGAGCUCCUGGCUCUGUGUUCAUGUCUAUUGGAUCUGAAAAUGCCAAGACCAUGCUGGACAGCAUUAAUAAAUUCUGCAGUGCGAUUGAUCCCCAGGUCUCAGCAGCACUAGUCAGAAACUUCCCCACUAUAUCCACCUCCACCAUCCAGACACUUGGAAACCAGAGUGUUGGUCUGACACAGGGUCAGAUAUCCACUCUGACCCCCACUGUGAUUAACAGCACUCUGCCUACACUCAGCAUCGUCCCCGGCUGGAACCAGGGUCAGGCCAACGCCCUCAUCCAGAGCAUCACUAGUGCAGGAUUCACUAUCAACAGUUCCUCCUCUCUGGUGUCUUUGGGAACUCUUGUUGGAGGCGUUCCCUCUGCAACCAUCAAGAACAUCCCACCCAAUGAGGUUCUGACGGCAUCCCAGAAUCCAACAUUCAUCACCAACAUUCUGUCAGCGCCGGCGAUUCUCCAGAGUUCAGUCGUCCUGAAGAUUGUCUCUGUGAACAAGACUAACGUGGUGCAGAAUGUUCCAGAUGCUUUGGCAGCAUAUGUUCCCCCAGUGCUGCUGACAAACCUGAAAUCUGUUGAUGUUACACUGAUCAAUAACAAGAGCUGGAGUCAACAGCAGGCUACAGUGCUGUUUGGAGCCGUUUCUAAAUCCACAGUUGAUACAGAAGUGCUAUCAGAGUCAGUACUGCAGGGAUUCACCUGUAGCUCAAUAAAGACUCUAUCACAGCAGAAGAUCAGACAGCUGGUAACAGCCUGUAGACCACGUGCAGGCAGGAACAAGGUCGUCCUGAAAGAGUCUCAGCUGACCUGCAUGUACAACGCUGUGAAAGAUGACACAACUCUGAGCUUCACUGACGUACCUUCAGACAUGCUGCUCUACUACAGCUAUAGUAGGGUUAAGUCGGUGAACUGCAGGUCGUACUUCAGUGCUCUGGGUGCAGCAGAUUUCUCGGUUCUUUCCAGCGUUCCCAGCAAACAGACGUUGUUCAAGAACGCUCAGAGCUGCCUGGGUAUAUCUGGAGGUAGGCUGAGCAAGGAUCAGGUGGGGGUUCUGGGUAAUAUGAUCUGCACACUGAACCCAUCCUACAUCCAGAACUCUGAUCCACUCAUCCUGGAGAAACUGAAGAACUGUGGAGAUCUUUCUGACUCUCAGGUCGCCGCCAUACAGACACUGCUAUUCUCUGGAAACACUCCUUAUGGUAAUCCCGCAGCGUGGAACCUGAAGACUCUACAGCAGCUGGAAAUUCUACCUCUCUACCUCAAAAAAGACUUCUGGGGAAAAUUUAGUUUUAAUGUAAAAAAGGAAUUUAUGAAGUCAUUCCUGCCAUUCCUGAAGAUGUUGAAAACCCCUCAAGGGAAGAUGAGCAGAAUGAUCAUAACAUCUAUAGUUGGCAGAUCCAGACGUUCUGCAGACUGUACUGUCGGCACCAUCACAUCUGUGACGAUCGAGGAUGAAACAUUUCCUAUUGACUAUGACUCCACCCAGUUUGAUUUGUGUCUGGAUGUUACUGUACUAAAUGAGAACCUGGCAGCGGUUACUGAGAAAGUGGUGGACACCAGCUUCCAGAUGAUCAUUCUGGACAAACUGAACCUGCUUUACCCAUCAGGUCUUCCAGAGAGUGUAGUACAGUUACUGGGCUACACAUCCCGUGUAGCCAAUGUUAGUGACAUCAGCAAGUGGAACAUCACCACAAUUGAUACCCUGUCCUCACUGAUGAACCCAGAUGAUGGAGACUGGACUUCAGAACAGAGUAAAGCAGUGAUUAUGAAGUAUCUCAGUGUGGAGGGGAACACUCUGGGAACUGUUGAACUAAAUGCCAUCGGCUCCAACCUCUGUUCUUUGGACGUCAGCGUCCUCAACACCAUCACUGCUGAUAGUCUGCAGAAUGCAAAUAUUUUGGACAUCUCUUCAUGCUCUAUUAAUCAGAAAUCAGCUCUGUACAUUAUCGCCAACUCCUCAUUCAGCAGCCAACGAAGCGACCCCGCAGCGUUCUUCCUGCUCAUCAGCCCUUACUUAGGUGGAGCUCCAGUGGAAGAUAUAAGAGCUCUUUCUACUCAGAACAUCAGCAUGGACAUUAGCACCUUCCUCAGUCUGAACCCUGCUGUAAUUAUGGACCUGAGUGUAAGCACGGUGCAGGAUCUGAUGGGGGUGAACAUUGCUGAUCUGAAGACGUUUGAGGAAUCUUCAGUAAUUCAGGCCUGGGUGGCUCAGCAGAAACAGUCUGAAUUAAACACCCUGAAUAUUGACCUGCAGGGGGGUAUAGAUGAUAUCAACACCUCUACAUCUGCUCCAGUUACCAGUACUUCCAUAACUGACAGUGAAACCACCACCAUCUCUACUGAAACCACCACCACUGCUGCUGAAACCACCACCACUGCUGCUGAAACCACCACCACAGCUGCUGAAACCACCACCACUGCUGCUGAAACCACCACCACAGCUGCUGAAACCACCACUACUACUGCUGAAACCACCACUGCUGCUGCUGAAACCACCACCACUGCUGCUGCUGAAACCACCACCACUGCUGCAGAAACCACCACCACUGCUGCUGAAACCACCACCACAGCUGCUGAAACCACCACCACUGCUGCUGAAACCACCACCACUGCUGCUGAAACCACCACCACAGCUGCUGAAACCACCACCACUGCUGCUGAAACCACCACUACAGCUGCUAGUGAAACCACCACCAUCUCUACUGAAACCACCACCACAGCUGCUGAAACCACCACUACUACUGCUGAAACCACCACCACUGCUGCUGAAACCACGACUACAGCUGCUGAAACCACCACUACAGCUGCUGAAACCACCACCACAGCUGCUGAAACCACCACCACUGCUGCUGAAACCACCACCACAGCUGCUGAAACCACCACCACUGCUGCUGAAACCACCACUACCGCUGCUGAAACCACCACCACAGCUGCUGAAACCACCACCACUGCUGCUGAAACCACCACCACUGCUGCUGAAACCACCACCACAGCUGCUGAAACCACCACUACAGCUGCUAGUGAAACCACCACCACAGCUGCCGUUGAAAUCACCACCACAGCUGCUGAAACCACCACAGCUGCUAUUGAAACCACCACCACAGCUGCUGAAACCACCACUACAGCUGCUGAAACCACCACAGCUGCUGAAACGACCACCACUGCUGCUGAAACCACCACCACAGCUGCUGAAACCACCACAACAGCUGCUGAAACCACCACCACUGCUGCUGAAACCACCACCACUGCUGCUGAAACCACCACUACAGCUGCUGAAACCACCACCACUGCUGCUGAAACCACCACCACUGCUGCUGAAACCACCACCACUGCUGCUGCUGAAACCACUGCUACCACUGCUAGUGAAACCACCACCACAGCUGCCGUUGAAAUCACCACCACAGCUGCUGAAACCACCACAGCUGCUAUUGAAACCACCACCACAGCUGCUGAAACCACCACCACUGCUGCUGAAACCACCACCACUGCUGCUGAAACCACCACCACUGCUGCUGAAACCACCACCACAGCUGCUGAAACCACCACCACUGCUGCUGAAACCACCACUACAGCUGCUAGUGAAACCACCACCACAGCUGCCGUUGAAAUCACCACCACAGCUGCUGAAACCACCACAGCUGCUAUUGAAACCACCACCACAGCUGCUGAAACCACCACUACAGCUGCUGAAACCACCACCACAGCUGCUGAAACCACCACCACAGCUGCUGAAACGACCACCACUGCUGCUGAAACCACCACCACAGCUGCUGAAACCACCACAACAGCUGCUGAAACCACCACCACUGCUGCUGAAACCACCACCACUGCUGCUGAAACCACCACUACAGCUGCUGAAACCACCACCACUGCUGCUGAAACCACCACCACUGCUGCUGAAACCACCACCACUGCUGCUGCUGAAACCACUGCUACCACUGCUAGUGAAACCACCACCACAGCUGCCGUUGAAAUCACCACCACAGCUGCUGAAACCACCACCACAGCUGCUGAAACCACCACCACUGCUGCUGAAACCACCACUACAGCUGCUAGUGAAACCACCACCACAGCUGCCGUUGAAAUCACCACCACAGCUGCUGAAACCACCACAGCUGCUAUUGAAACCACCACCACAGCUGCUGAAACCACCACUACAGCUGCUGAAACCACCACCACAGCUGCUGAAACGACCACCACUGCUGCUGAAACCACCACCACAGCUGCUGAAACCACCACAACAGCUGCUGAAACCACCACCACUGCUGCUGAAACCACCACCACUGCUGCUGAAACCACCACUACAGCUGCUGAAACCACCACCACUGCUGCUGAAACCACCACCACUGCUGCUGAAACCACCACCACUGCUGCUGAAACCACCACCACUGCUGCUGCUGAAACCACUGCUACCACUGCUAGUGAAACCACCACCACAGCUGCCGUUGAAAUCACCACCACAGCUGCUGAAACCACCACAGCUGCUAUUGAAACCACCACCACAGCUGCUGAAACCACCACCACUGCUGCUGAAACCAUCACCACAGCUGCUGAAACCACCACCACUGCUGCUGAAACCACCACUACAGCUGCUGAAACCACCACCACCACUGCUGCUGAAACCACCACUGCUGCUGAAAUCACCACCACUGCUGCUGAAACCACCACCACAGCUGCUGAAACCACCACUGCUGCUGAAAUCACCACCACUGCUGCUGAAACCACCACCACAGCUGCUGAAACCACCACCACUGCUGCUGAAACCACCACUACAGCUGCUGAAACCACCACCACAGCUGCUUCUGAAACCACCACCACUGCUGCUGAAACCACCACUACUGCUGCUGAAACCACCACUACUGCUGCUUCUGAAACCACCACCACUGCUGCUGAAACCACCACUACUGCUGCUGAAACCACCACUACUGCUGCUGAAACCACCGCUACUGCUGCAGAAACCACCACUACAGCUGCUGAAACCACCACCACAGCUGCUUCUGAAACCACCACCACUGCUGCUGAAACCACCACUACAGCUGCUAGUGAAACCACCACCACAGCUGCCGUUGAAAUCACCACCACAGCUGCUGAAACCACCACAACAGCUGCUAUUGAAACCACCACCACAGCUGCUGAAACCACCACCACUGCUGCUGAAACCACCACUACAGCUGCUGAAACCACCACCACUGCUGCUGAAACCACCACCACUGCUGCUGAAACCACCACCACUGCUGCUGCUGAAACCACUGCUACCACUGCUAGUGAAACCACCACCACAGCUGCCGUUGAAAUCACCACCACAGCUGCUGAAACCACCACAGCUGCUAUUGAAACCACCACCACAGCUGCUGAAACCACCACCACUGCUGCUGAAACCAUCACCACAGCUGCUGAAACCACCACCACUGGUGCUGAAACCACCACCACUGCUGCUGAAACCACCACCACAGCUGAUGAAACCACCACCACUGCUGCUGAAACCACCACUACAGCUGCUAGUGAAACCACCACCAUCUCUACUGAAACCACCACCACAGCUGCUGAAACCACCACUACUACUGCUGAAACCACCACCACUGCUGCUGAAACCACGACUACAGCUGCUGAAACCACCACUACAGCUGCUGAAACCACCACCAGAGCUGCUGAAACCACCACCACUGCUGCUGAAACCACCACCACAGCUGCUGAAACCACCACCACUGCUGCUGAAACCACCACUACAGCUGCUGAAACCACCACCACAGCUGCUGAAACCACCACCACUGCUGCUGAAACCACCACCACUGCUGCUGAAACCACCACCACAGCUGCUGAAACCACCACAGCUGCUAUUGAAACCACCACUACAGCUGCUAGUGAAACCACCACCACAGCUGCCGUUGAAAUCACCACCACAGCUGCUGAAACCACCACAGCUGCUAUUGAAACCACCACCACAGCUGCUGAAACCACCACUACAGCUGCUGAAACCACCACCACAGCUGCUGAAACGACCACCACUGCUGCUGAAACCACCACCACAGCUGCUGAAACCACCACAACAGCUGCUGAAACCACCACCACUGCUGCUGAAACCACGACCACUGCUGCUGAAACCACCACUACAGCUGCUGAAACCACCACCACUGCUGCUGAAACCACCACCACUGCUGCUGAAACCACCACCACUGCUGCUGCUGAAACCACUGCUACCACUGCUAGUGAAACCACCACCACAGCUGCCGUUGAAAUCACCACCACAGCUGCUGAAACCACCACAGCUGCUAUUGAAACCACCACCACAGCUGCUGAAACCACCACCACUGCUGCUGAAACCAUCACCACAGCUGCUGAAAGCACCACCACUGCUGCUGAAACCACCACUACAGCUGCUGAAACCACCACCACCACUGCUGCUGAAACCACCACUGCUGCUGAAAUCACCACCACUGCUGCUGAAACCACCACCACAGCUGCUGAAACCACCACCACUGCUGCUGAAACCACCACUACAGCUGCUGAAACCACCACCACAGCUGCUUCUGAAACCACCACCACUGCUGCUGAAACCACCACUACUGCUGCUGAAACCACCACUACUGCUGCUUCUGAAACCACCACCACUGCUGCUGAAACCACCACUACUGCUGCUGAAACCACCACUACUGCUGCUGAAACCACUGCUACUGCUGCAGAAACCACCACUACAGCUCCUGAAACCACCACCACAGCUGCUUCUGAAACCACCACCACUGCUGCUGAAACCACCACUACUGCUGCUGAAACCACCACUACUGCUGCUUCUGAAACCACCACUACUGCUGCUGAAAUCACCACUACUGCUGCUGAAACCACCGCUACUGCUGCAGAAACCACCACUACAGCUGCUGAAACCACCACCACUGCUGCUGAAACCACCACUGCUGCUGAAACCACCACCACUGCUGCUAAAACCACCACCACUGCUGCUGCUGAAACCACUGCUACCACUGCUAGUGAAACCACCACCACAGCUGCCGUUGAAAUCACCACCACAGCUGCUGAAACCACCACAGCUGCUAUUGAAACCACCACCACAGCUGCUGAAACCACCACCACUGCUGCUGAAACCACCACCACUGCUGCUGAAACCACCACCACUGCUGCUAAAACCACCACCAUUGCUGCUGCUGAAACCACUGCUACCACUGCUAGUGAAACCACCACCACAGCUGCCGUUGAAAUCACCACCACAGCUGCUGAAACCACCACAGCUGCUAUUGAAACCACCACCACAGCUGCUGAAACCACCACCACUGCUGCUGAAACCAUCACCACAGCUGCUGAAACCACCACCACUGCUGCUGAAACCACCACUACUGCUGCUGAAACCACCACUACUGCUGCUUCUGAAACCACCACCACUGCUGCUGAAACCACCACCACAGCUGCUGAAACCACCACCACUGCUGCUGAAACCACUGCUACCACUGCUAGUGAAACCACCACCACAGCUGCCGUUGAAAUCACCACCACAGCUGCUGAAACCACCACAGCUGCUAUUGAAACCACCACCACAGCUGCUGAAACCACCACCACUGCUGCUGAAACCACCACCACAGCUGCUGAAACCACCACCACUGCUGCUGAAACCACCACUACAGCUGCUGAAACCACCACCACAGCUGCUGAAACCACCACAGCUGCUAUUGAAACCACCACCACAGCUGCUGAAACCACCACCACUGCUGCUGAAACCACCACCACAGCUGCUGAAACCACCACCACUGCUGCUGAAACCACCACCACAGCUGCUGAAACCACCACCACUGCUGCUGAAACCACCACUACAGCUGCUGAAACCACCACCACUGCUGCUGAAACCACCACUACUGCUGCUGAAACCACCACUACUGCUGCUUCUGAAACCACCACCACUGCUGCUGAAACCACCACCACAGCUGCUGAAACCACCACCACUGCUGCUGAAACCACUGCUACCACUGCUAGUGAAACCACCACCACAGCUGCCGUUGAAAUCACCACCACAGCUGCUGAAACCACCACAGCUGCUAUUGAAACCACCACCACAGCUGCUGAAACCACCACCACUGCUGCUGAAACCACCACCACAGCUGCUGAAACCACCACCACUGCUGCUGAAACCACCACUACAGCUGCUGAAACCACCACCACAGCUGCUGAAACCACCACCACUGCUGCUGAAACCACCACCACAGCUGCUGAAACCACCACCACUGCUGCUGAAACCACCACCACAGCUAUUGACAGCACCACCACUACAUCAGAUUUCUGCACGUUCCUCAACAACUACAACAGUAUCGACCAGUACCUGGAGAAGGAGCCGGUUGUAUCUGCAGCUGUGGGCAGGCAGACGUUGGCAUGUGUUUGGUCUCGUGCUCUCAGUGCGUCGUCUCAGGAUGAGGUGGAUCAGUGGUUUAAUGUCAGACUGGGUCGGUACCUGCCCUUCCUCAGCUCUCAGCUCAUCAACUCCACUCAACUCAGCGUCGCCUCCUGCCUGUCCUACAGGAAACUGGUUUCAGUUCUGGGGAACAACUAUAAUUUCUCAGGCACUGAUUUCACCCCAGCUGAUGUCUACAGCUCUAUAAAGUCUUAUCUGAAAAGCAGUGAUGGAUCUCCACGCUGUUAUAACUCCUCUGAUCCCCUUCUGAACUCCACUGCCUGGUUUUCUAACAACAUUGGAUUCUUCAUCACCUUCAUCACCCUCACUGACCUCCAGUCCUUUGUAUCAGACAACAAGAUCGGUGUGUUCUUGGAAAACCCUCAGAAUCUCCAGCUGUUUAACAACACAGCAAUUUCAGCCGACGUCACCAAAUACUACAGCUCCCAGUUAUACAUCCAGAACCCUGCAUUCAGCCCCCUCAGGUUGCUUGGUGUGCUAUUGUGUGGAGCUCCAGGAUCUGCAUUUACAUCUCUUGGACUUUUAGAUGUCCAGACUAUCAUGGGAAGCCUCGACACAUUCUGCACACAAAUUCGUCCAGAGGUUACAGCAGCUCUGGCAGCAAACUUUCCCACUUUGUCAACAACUAUCAUCCAGACUCUUGGAAACCAGAGCGUUGGUCUGACACAGGGUCAGAUAAGUUCUACAACCCCUACUGUGAUUAACAGCACUCUGCCUACACUCAGCAUCGUCCCCGGCUGGAACCAGGGUCAGGCCAAUGCCCUCAUCCAGAGCAUCACUAUUGCAGGAUUCAACAUCAACAGCGGAUCUUCUCUGGUGUCUCUGGGCACCCUCAUUGGAGGCGUUCCUUCAGCAACAAUUAACAGCAUCUCAUCCACUCAGCUUCUGGCUAUAUCCCGUAAUCCAACAUUCAUCAACAACAUUCUCUCUGCACCAGUGAUUGUUCAAGAGACAUAUGUCAAGCAGAUUAUCUCUAUAGACGUGACCAAAGUGGUAGAGAAUGUUCCAGAUGCUUUGGCUUCAUUUAUCCCACCUGUGCUACUUUCAUCUCUAACCAUCACUAAUGUUACACUAAUUAACCUGAAGAUCUGGAAACAAGAACAGGCUGUGGUUUUGUUUGGUCCAGUAGCCAGUGCCAGUAACAAUAUGGAAGAGCUGUCAGAAUCAAUACUGCAGGGAUUCACCUGCACUUCAGCCCGAAGUCUACCACUGCAGAAGAUCAAACAGCUGGUGAAAGCCUGUAGACCACGAACAGACAGGAACAAGGUUGCUCUGAAAGAGUCUCAGCUUAUCUGCAUGUACAACUAUGUAAAAGAUGACUUAACUCUGAGCUUCACUGAUAUGCCAUCCGACAUGCUUCUCUACUACAGUUAUUCUAAAGUGCCAAAAACAAAGUGCAGAUCAUAUUUCAUUGCUUUGGGUGCAGCAGAUUUCUCCAUUCCCUCCAGCUUACUCAAAAUACCAUCCAGCUUGUUCAAGAGUGCACAGGAUUGUCUGGGCAUAACUGGUACUAGCCUGAACAAGGAUCAGGUGGGGGUUCUGGGUAAUAUGAUCUGCACACUGAACCCAUCCUACAUCCAGAACUCUGAUCCACUCAUCCUGGAGAAUCUGAAGAACUGUGGAUAUAUUUCUGACGCUCAGGUCACCGCCAUACAGACACUGCUAUUCUCUGGAAACACUCCAUACGGAAAUCGUUUAACAUGGAAUCAAAAAACACUAGAUCAGCUGGGCAUCCUUCCCCUGUACCUGAAACGAGACUUCUGGGCUGCUUUUAGCUCAACUACAAAGACAGCGUUUCUGAAGUCCUUUGUCCCAUUCCUGAGGAGUCAGAAGGUUGACGUCGCGAAACUAAAGAGUUUCACUACAGAAAUAAACUUUAAUACAAAAAUGAUUCGACGCACAAUAACAGUGUGCUUAACAGGCAACAUCACUGAAGCAACUAUUGCAGAUCCAUCGUUUCCUUUUGGCUACAACGCUGCAGAGUUUGAUGCAUGUCUGGAGAUUGCUGUCCUCAGGGACAACCUGGCUUCCAUCACUGAUAAAGUGGUGGACACCAGCUUCCAGACCAUCAUCCUGAACAAGUUAAACCAGUUGUUCCCAACAGGACUUCCAGAUAGUGUGGUGCAGCUACUGGGCUCCACAUCUUUCAUGGCCACUGUUGAUGACAUCAGCAAAUGGGACAUCACCACUAUUGAUACACUGUCUUCUUUGAUGAGCCCAAAUAAGGGAAACUGGACCUCAGAACAGAGUAAAGCAGUGAUUAUGAAGUAUCUCAGUGUGGAGGGGAACACUCUGGGAACUGCUGAACUAAAUGCAAUCGGCUCCAACCUCUGUUCUUUGGACGUCAGCGUCCUCAAGACCAUCACUGCUGAUAAUCUGGGGAGAGCAAAGCCUAUGAAUAUCUCUUCAUGCUCUAUAGAGCAGAAAUCAGCUCUGUACAGCAUCGCCAACUCCUCAUUCAGCAGCCAACGCAACGACCCAACAACCUUCUACCAACUCAUCAGCCUCUACUUAGGUGGAUCACCUCAGGAUGAUAUAAGAGCUCUUUCUACUCAGAACAUCAGCAUGGACAUCAGCACCUUCAGGAGUCUGAAUCCUGCUGCACUCACAGCUCUGAGCGUGACGACGGUACGUGAUCUCCUGGGGGUGAAUCUGCCUGAUCUGAAGCUGUUUGAGAAUUCUACAGAGGUUCAGUCCUGGGUGGAUCAGUGGUACAAGUAUCAAUUAGCGGUGCUGGGUAUCGAUCUGAUCGGCGGAAAAGCAGACCCAGUUACCUCCGCGAGCACCAUCGCAACUGGCCAGACAGUCGCUGCCACGACACACGGAUCAGCUGUUGUUCAUCGUGGUUCAGGACCGUGGUUCAUCACUCUGUGUGUAGCACUGCUGACCAUCACACUGCAGAUACUACCAUAAUCAUCACACAUAAUAUAUUAACUUAUCAAAUUAUUAAUGUGUCUCAGUAUCUAUUACAUAAUAUAUUAAUAUAUCUACAGUUAUAGGAAAUACUAUUUUUUCUUUAUUAGAUUAUUUAAUUAAUUCAAUUGGUGUAUUAACGAUGAUAAAAUGAUGCAUAUAUUAUAUCUGUAUUUAUCUGAUCUGUGUUUAUGAUUUUUGGAAUUAUAGGUCUAACAUUCUGAACUGAUUAUGAACAUGAAUACUGGACUGGGAUGUAAUUAACAAGUUCAAUUAAGUGAGAAACAAAAUUAAUGUGAUUAUUAUAUAUGCAUGAUGAAAUGUUGAAUAAUGAUUUCUUAUUAAUGUAAUCUUUAUUACGAAAAUUAUUUUUCAAUCUCAAUAAAUGAUAUUAUUAUUAAUUAUUAUCUCA